AUAACUAUUGACAUCCGUUGUGAUUUUCAUAUCAUUAGUCAUGUAACAAUUAAGCACCUUGCACGUGAUACAAAACUUAAGUACAAACAAGGAACUUGCUUUAGUUGUCGAAAGUGUUUAUAUUGUGGAGUUGAUUUGCAAACACAAAAAUGCAAAUGUGAUAUUACAAAACCACCCCAUAGAGGCAAUCGAACCAAAGAUGUCAAAUAUGCGUAUACACGAAUUUUUACACCAAAUUGGAUAGCAGAUCAAGUUUCUUUUGUUCGAGAAAAAAUAUUGCAAUAUAAUUAUUCAACAACUCUAAAAGAUUCUUUUAACUUUUCACUUUGUUCACGAUGCAAUAAUGAGCUAUCAAGAUUGAAGUCAGCUAAAAAAAAAUCAUUUAGCAACUCUAAUUCAGUAAAGAAUAAAAUCGAUGCUUCUAAAUCACGCAUAUCUAAAAAAAUCAAAUUAGAUCCAGAGAUAUGUGAUCUUACUUCAGAAAAUGAAA